UUCCGCAGCCGAGCCAGAAACUUGAGCGCACCACCAGGAGGGACGAUGCUAAAUUGGUUAGCAUGAACAAACCAGGCUCUGAAGCAGCGAGCUAACAUUUAGUUUGAAUGGCAGACGUCGUUGCGUCCCCCUAACCGACUGGCGAAGACAUUUCUGGGGCGAACCCGAAGCUGCGUCCCGCAGUGUGUGGACUCUCAGCGGUUAAAGCUCGUCGAGAUGUCCGCUUUCUCCGAGGCGGCUUUAGAGAAGAAACUAUCCGAGCUUAGCAACUCUCAGCAAAGUGUGCAAACCCUGUCGCUGUGGCUCAUCCAUCACAGAAAACACUCGAAGACUAUCGUCGCUGUGUGGUUCAACGAACUGAAGAAAGCUCAGGUAUCGCGCAAACUGACCUUCCUGUACUUGGCCAAUGACGUCAUUCAGAACAGCAAAAGAAAAGGACCCGAGUUCACGCAAGACUUUGCACCGAUAAUCGUGGAUGCAUUCAAACACGUCUACAGAGAUGGGGACGAAAGCUGCAAGAAACAGUUGGGUCGGGUUUUGUCCAUCUGGCAGGAGAGAGCUGUUUAUGAGAACAACCUGCUGGAGCAGCUCUCACAAGUCCUGUAUGGAGAAAAGAAAUCUAAGAAGAGGUCCUAUGAGGAGAUCCACCCUGAUGAUGGUUUUACCUCCCAAAGAUCCCCUGCUGAGCCCCCACAGACAGCAGAGUUGAUUCGAGCCCUGCAGGAGCUGGAGAACGCAGCCUCCAGCGACUCUGUGCUACGUCAGCGCAUCUCGUCCCUUCCUGCGGAGGUGCAGGACACGUCACUCCUCCACAGAAUCACAGAUAGAGAAUCGGGCGAGCGGCUCUCCCGCUUGGUAGAGGAUGCCUGCAUGAUUUUAGCGGACUACAGCGGGCGCUUGGCAGCUGAGAUCGACGACAGGCGGCAGCUCACGCGCACCCUAACGGUCUUCCUGCAGAGCCAGAAGGAUGGUUUGGUGCAGAAUGAGCUGAAACUUGAAGAAUACAAGCGCAAACUGGCGAGGGUGUCGCAGGUCCGGAAAGAGCUGCGUUCACGUCUGAAUAAUCUCUCAGAUGGACUUUACAAAUCUUCCAAAUGACUGAAGACUCCCACCCCAUGUUC